AUGCUGUUCGAGAAGGAUCAAGAUGUUAUUAAAGAUCAAUCACUGUCUGUAUCAAUAAGAAAUAUUGAACAGUAUGAUAUUUCAGAUUAUGAUAAUGCCUUAGCUUACCUUAAAAAUCAAGAUCAAAAUGAAAAUAUUAGAGCGGAUGUAAAGAGGAUAACCAAAAAGUUAGAUAUGAUUAUCCUUCCUAUUCUUUGUGGUAUUUAUUUAUUACAAUUCCUUGAUAAAUCGUUAUUGAAUUAUUCAGCAGCAAUGGGUAUAAAAACAAAUCUCAAAAAUAAUGAAUUUGCAAAUUUAUCAACUAUUUUUUAUGCAAGUUAUAUAUUUGGGGAGCCUUUUAUAUCAUAUUGUCUUCAAAAAUUCCCAAUUGGAAGAACAUUAGGAGUUUUCAUCAUCUUGUGGGGGAUUGUAAUCUCUUGUCAUUCAGCAUGUAAGACAUAUGCUUCAUUAAUGGUAGUUAGAACUUUACUAGGCAUAUUUGAAAGUUCAUCCACCGUGGGAAUAAUAAUUAUUUCAGGAAUGUAUUAUUCUAAACCACAACAAGUUUCAAGAAUGGGUAUAUGGGCUUUAAAUGCCGGUACGGCCACUAUAAUUGGAAGUUUAUUAUCUUUUGGAUUUCAACACAUACAGAAUUCUCAAUUUCAAAGUUGGCAAAUAUUAUUUCUUGCAAUGGGAGUAAUCACUAUAGUUUAUGGAAUUUUUGUGAUUUUUUACUUGCCUAAUAAUAUUGAAUCCGUUUGGUUUUUAAAACCUAAUGAGAAAAUAUACUUACUUCAAAACGUAAUAAAACCAAAUCAAACAGGAACUAUAAAUUAUAAAUUUAAAAAGGAACAAAUUUUGGAAUUAUUUUCAGAUAAGUUUACAUGGUUGUAUUUACUUUUAUGUAUUUGUUCACAAAUUGUAACUGGAUCAAUAGGAACAUUUUCAGUGACGAUUACUUUAACAUUUGGUUUUGAUAGUUAUCAAUCUGCACUUUUACAAAUCCCAAUUGGAGUGUUAAUAAUUAUAAUAAUUAUUGCAUCUACUCAAUUGGUAUUUUAUGUUAAAAAUAUCACUUAUGUAAUGAUGUCAAUGUUUAUACCAACUAUUAUUGGUGCAAUAGUGCUUAUUAUUUCUCCAAGUAAGAUUGGAAAUUUAUUAUCUUUAUAUUUAUUAUAUUCUGGUUCUUGUUCAAUUACUUUGAUUUAUUAUUGGAUAUCUUGUAAUACAGCUGGUAGUUCAAAAAAAUUUUUUAGAAGUGGGUUAAUUAUGAUUGGGUUUUCAAUUAGUUGUAUUAUUGGUCCACAAUUAUUUCAAAGUUAUCUGGCUCCAAAUUAUAUAAUUGCAAAAAUUGUAAUUUUAAUAACUCAAGUUUUAUGUGUUCCUUUAACUUAUAUAUUGGGAUAUUUAUUAAAAAGAGAAAAUGAAACAAGAGACAAAUUAAAGAAUGAAGGACAUGGAGAACAUGAAUUAAAGGAAAAUUUCGAAUGGAUGGAUUUAACCGAUAUUGAAAAUAAAAAUUUUAGAUACUUUUAUUGA